AUGGAGGCCGAAGGGGAUCGCGGGGUUGCGGGGCCGGAUCCCAAGGAGUUUCCCCGGGAGUUUCCCCCCGAGGAGCCCCCGGAGGAGCCGUGCUGGGCGCGGCUGGCGCGGGGCGCGGCGCGGGCGCUGGCCGUGCCCCCGGAGCGCUGGCGGCGCUGGGCGGGGCCGGCGCUGCUGGCCUGGCGGAGCCCGGCCGGGGAGCUGGGGCUGCGGGCCGGGCCGCCCCCGCCGCCCCCCAGCGCUACCAAGGCGCUUUUCUUCCUCCGGCCGCCCGCAGCCGGCCCCGGCCCCGCAGAGCUGCUGUGCGGGGACCUGCCCGCUGAGCCCCUGCCGCACUUCGCCGCGCUGGUGGAGGAGGUGAUCGUGCCCAUCCUGACCAACCGGAGGAACCAUCAGGGCUGGCCACGAGUGGUGUCACAAGACAUCAUCCAUCAUGUCCACAGCCUGAAAAACACUGUCUUCAAGGUUGUUGGCCAGGUGAAGGGCAAAACCUUGCUGCCUCUUCCAGCUGGCUCAGAGGGAAUCGAGAACAUUGAUCCUAAAAAUGAGAAGUUGUGUGCUGACCUGGAGGGCAUCCACAGCCAGCUGACGUCCAGGAGGGUCAGCAACCUGCUGGAGCUGCUGGAGAGAGUGCAGAGCAUCUACGUGCCAGCCUUCCAGAGCAUGCUCACGGACGUGGAGGCAGCUCUGAGCGAGGCCCAGGACAUCGACCUGCACCUGGCAGCCCUCCAGCAGCCCCUGGAGCAGGUGGAGGCCGCUGAGUUCAGCAAGGUGAAGCCUCUCCUGGCGCCUCUGCUGCACGCCGUGUGCUGGCUCUGGGUCAGCUGCCAGCACUACAGCGUGCCCCUGCGCCUCGUGGUGCUGCUCCAGGAGAUCUGCAACCUCCUCAUCCAGCAGGCCAUGGUGUACCUGUCCCCAGAAGACCUGCUGAAAGGAGAGGUGGAAGAGAGCCUGGGCAAGGUGCAAACAGUGUUUGACAUCCUGACUGCCUUCAAAGGGGCGCUGGAGGAGAGAAGGACAAACCUGCAGGUGUAUUAUGAGCCAGGCCAGCAAGUGAGGAGCUGGGACUUCCACUCCAGGCUGGUGUUUGCAAGGCUGGACAGCUUCCUGCAGAGGCUGCAGAUGGUGAAGGGCGUCCUGAGCACAGCCCUGGACCUGGCCCAGCUGGAGAAGAUUGAAUUUGGGGGGAUGAAAGGGAAGGCCCUGGGCCAGCAGGUGCUGGACAUGCACGAGGAGUUCCAGGAGGGCUUCCAGGUGUUCUCAGAGCGAGCCUACGACUGCCUGGACCUGGCCAACCUGGAGUUUGAGCAGGACGCCCUGGACUUCCAGCAGAAGGUGGAGGACAUUGACCGGCGGCUGGGCACCGUGUUCAGCCAGGCCUUCAGUGAUGCCCCGGGCCUGGAGCACAUCUUCAAGCUGCUGGCCAUGUUCCAGAACCUUCUGCAGCGCCCUGUGAUGGCUGCAGCUGCUGCUGACAAAGUCCCCGUCCUGCUCAGCGUGUUCAGCACUGUCCUGGACCAGGCCAGGCUCACCUACACCAGGCACACCCAGGCAGGGCUGCAGCUCGGCUUUCCCCCCCUGCACAAGAACGUCCCUCCCGUGGCUGGAGCGCUGGGCUGGGCGCGGGAGCUGCGGGCGCGGAUCCAGGGGCCCUUGGAGCACCUCAGGCACAUCCCAGGGCUGAGCUUGGACUCUGCCCGUGGAAGAAGGGUGGUGCAGAAAUAUGAAGAGAUGAUCCAGCUGCUGGACAGGUAUCAGGAAAAGCUGUAUUUAGACUGGUCCCAGACAGUCUCAGAAAAAUCCCAGUACAACCUGACCCAGCCUCUCAUCCGGAGAGAUCCCCAGACCAAACUGAUCACGGUCAAUUUUGAUCCCCAGCUGGUGUCGGUGCUGAGGGAGGUGAGCUACCUGAGGGGCAGCGGGGCAGGAGCCAUCCCCCCGGCGGCAGCUGAGCUCCAUUCCUGCAAGGAAUCCUUCUGGCAGCUGGUGGCCAGCCUGGAGCUGAUGGGGAACAGCUACAACAAGGUCCUGAGGACCGUGCUGGAGGUGGAAUAUCCACUGGUGCAGGGGCAGCUCCAGGACAUCGACCUGAAGCUGAGGGAGGCAGAGGAAACGCUGACCUGGAGGACGGAGGGUGUCUGGGACCACAUCUCCGGGGUGAUGGGCGAUGUCUGUGACCUGGAGCAGAGGGUGCAGAAAGCCAAGGGCAACGUUGAGGAGAUCCAGGGCAUCGUGCACUCGUGGGGGUCACCCAUCCUGGAGAGGAGGGAUUCCAAAAAGGAGGCAGUGCUGAGCCUGGAGGAGUGCCAGGAGCGCCUGGAACGGCGCUACAGCCUGGUCAGGGACUGUGGGCAGAGGAUCCACUGGCUGGUCAAGGAAAACCAGAGCCUCCUACGUGCAGACCCCGCAUCUGAUGCCUGGAAGGUGUACUUGGAUUAUGUGGAUGAGAUAGUCCUGGAUGGAUUCUUCACUGCCAUUGAGUGCUCGCUGAAAUACCUCCUGGAGAACACAGAUCCCAAGGCAGGGCUCGCUCCCCUCUUUGAGGUUCAACUGGAUUUGGUAAUCCCAGAUUUGGUGUUUCGCCCUUCCUUGGACCCUGGCACCAACGAUGGCUUCUGUGACAUGGUGGAAAGUCUUCUCCAGGGCAUCUACCACAUCUCCUCGCUGGUGCCCCGGCUGGCCACGCACAGUGGCUUCUGCCACUACCAGGCUGACCUGGAGGCCAUGCCCGCGCUGUGCCCAUGGCGCCAGGAGCUGCUGGGUCGCGCUCAGGCGGCGGCGGCCGCGUGCCGCGAGCACCGCGCGGGGCUGGAGCGCCGCUUCUCGCACCUCUGCGGGGACGACAGGCGGGAGCUGUGCCGCCAGCUCCUGCUCCACGGCCGCGUCCCCACGCCCGCAGACGUCGAGGCCCACGGCGAGGAGGGCGUCCCCGAGGCGCCGGCCACGCUGCAGCAGUUCAGGGAGCAGAUGGGCUCCUACGAGCAGCUCUACGAGGAGGUGGCUCGCAUGCAGCCCCUCUGCACCUUCCAGGGCUGGCUGCGGCUCGAUGCGCGGCCCUUCAAGGCGGCCUUGCUCAAUGAGAUUAAAAGGUGGAGCUUGGUGUUCAAGCAGCACCUCCUGGACCACGUCACGCACAGCUUGGCUGACCUGGACGAGUUCAUCCAAAGCGCCGAGAAAGGUUUGAGCAGAAAGGUGGAGAGAGGUGACUACGGUGGCUUGGUGGAGGUCAUGGGUCACCUGCUGGCUGUGAAGGAACGUCGCAGUGCCACUGAUGCCAUGUUUGAGCCCCUGAAGGAGAUCAUUGAGCUGCUGAGGGCCUACGAGCAGCAGCUGCCCGAGGAAGUCCACCAGCAGCUGGAGGAGCUGCCGGAGAAGUGGAGCCAGGUGAAGAAGCUGGCUCAGGCCGUGAAGCAGCAGGUGGCCCCGCUGCAGGCCGGCGAGGUGACAGCCCUGCGGCAGAGCUGCGCCGCCUUCGACGCCCAGCAGCUGCGGCUCAGGGAGCGCUUCGCCGCCGAAGCUCCCUUCAGGUUUGACACCGAAAAGCCUUAUCAACUGCUGGAUGCAAAGCACAUGGAGAUUAAACAGAUGGAGACAGCCAUGACCUCGAUUUAUGAAUCAGCUGGUCUGUUUGAAGUCAUGGUGCCAGAGUAUAAACAGCUGAAGCAGUGCAGGAAGGAGCUGUGUCUGCUCAAAGAGCUCUGGGACAUGAUCUCCCUGGUGAACACCAGCCUCGAUGACUGGCAGACCACCAGGUGGGUGGAUAUUAAUGUGGAGAAGAUGGAUCUGGAGUGCAAGAAGUUUGCAAGGGAGAUUCGGAAUUUGGACAAGGAAAUGAGGGCGUGGGAUGCUUUCAGCGGGCUGGACAGCAAGGUGAAGAACAUGCUGACAGCCCUCAAGGCUGUGGCAGAACUUCAAAAUCCUGCCAUCAGGGAGAGGCACUGGAACCAGCUGAUGCAGGUGACGGGCGUGAGGUUUGCGAUGGACUCGGACACCACCCUGGCUGACCUCCUCAAGCUCAACCUGCACGAAUUUGAGGGGGAGGUCCAUGGCAUUGUGGACAAAGCAGUGCGAGAAAUGAGCAUGGAGAAGGUGCUGAAGGAGCUGAGGAUGACUUGGAGCUCCAGGGAGUUUCAGUACGAGCCUCACCCCCGCACCCACACCCCCUUGCUGAAGUCGGAUGAGGAGCUCAUUGAAACUCUAGAAGACAACCAGGUGCAGCUGCAGAAUUUAAUGUCAUCCAAGUACAUUGCCUUCUUCCUGGAGGAGGUGUCUGCCUGGCAGAGGAAGCUCUCCACUGCUGACUCGGUCAUCUCCCUCUGGUUCGAGGUGCAGCGCACGUGGUCCCACCUGGAGGGCAUUUUCAUAGGCUCAGAGGACAUCCGGGCACAGCUGCCCCAGGACUCCAAACGUUUUGAAGGCAUUGAUGUGGAUUUUAAAGAACUGGCGUAUGAAGUUCAGAAAACCCCAAAUGUGGUUGAAGCCACCAAUAAACCAGGUCUGUCCCAAAAGCUGGAGGACAUCCAGAGUAGGCUGUGUCUCUGUGAGAAGGCUUUGGCUGAAUAUUUGGACAUGAAAAGGUUGGCUUUUCCCAGAUUUUACUUCAUUUCUUCUGCAGAUUUACUGGAUAUUCUUUCCAACGGCACCAACCCCCAUCUGGUGCAGCGUCACCUUCCCAAACUCUUUGACAACUUGGCCAGGCUGAAAUUCCAGGUGGACUCUGAGCAGAAGACAACCAAGGUUGGCCUGGGAAUGUACAGCAGAGAGGAGGAAUAUGUCCAGUUCAGUGACCCCUGUGACUGCAGUGGGCAGGUGGAGGUGUGGCUGGGUCGCCUGCUGGACACCAUGAGGGCCACGGUGAGGGAUGGCAUGGGCAUGGCUGUGGCAGCCUACGAGGACAAGCCCAGGGACCAGUGGCUCUUUGACCACCCUGCCCAGGUGGCUCUUUGCUGCACCCAGAUCUGGUGGACAGCUGAGGUGGGCAUGGCCUUCUCCAGGAUGAAGGAAGGCUACGAGAAGGCCAUGAAGGAGUACCACAAGAAGCAGGUGGCCCAGCUGAACACGCUGGUGACCAUGCUGCUGGGGCAGCUCUCCAGGGGCGACAGGCAGAAGAUCAUGACCAUCUGCACCAUCGACGUGCACGCGCGGGACGUGGUGGCCAAGAUGAUAGCACAGAAGGUGGACAAUGGCCAGGCCUUCGUGUGGCUGGCGCAGCUGCGGCACCGCUGGUCGGACGAGGAGCGGCACUGCUGGGCCAACAUCUGUGAUGCUCAGUUCCUCUACUGCUACGAGUACCUGGGCAACACCCCCCGGCUCGUCAUCACGCCCCUGACCGACAGGUGCUACAUCACCCUGACCCAGUCCCUGCACCUGACCAUGAGCGGGGCCCCCGCGGGCCCUGCAGGCACCGGCAAGACGGAGACCACCAAGGACCUGGGCCGAGCCCUGGGCAUCAUGGUCUACGUGUUCAACUGCUCCGAGCAGAUGGACUACAAGUCUUGUGGGAAUAUUUACAAAGGCCUUUCCCAGACAGGAGCCUGGGGCUGUUUUGAUGAAUUUAACAGGAUCUCAGUUGAGGUCCUUUCUGUGGUUGCUGUACAGGUGAAGAGUGUGCAGGAUGCCAUCCGGGAGAAGAAGAAAUCCUUCAAUUUUCUUGGAGAAGACAUUAACUUAGUGCCCUCAGUUGGGAUUUUCAUCACCAUGAACCCCGGUUACGCAGGACGAACCGAGCUACCUGAGAAUUUGAAAGCUCUCUUCAGGCCCUGUGCCAUGGUGGUGCCAGACUUUGAGCUGAUCUGUGAGAUUAUGUUGGUGGCCGAGGGCUUCCUCCAGGCCCGGGCCUUGGCCAGGAAGUUCAUCACACUCUACCAGCUCUGCAAGGAGCUCCUGUCCAAGCAGGACCACUACGACUGGGGUCUGCGGGCCAUCAAGUCGGUGCUGGUGGUGGCCGGCUCCCUGAAGCGCGCGGACCCCGAGCGGCCCGAGGAGCAGGUCCUGAUGCGCUCCCUCCGCGACUUUAACAUCCCCAAGAUCAUGACAGAUGACGUGCCAGUGUUCAUGGGGCUGAUUGGGGACCUGUUCCCUGCGCUGGAUGUGCCUCGGAAGCGCGACCUGGAUUUCGAGGCCGUGGUGAAGGAGGCUGUGCUGGAGCUGCGGCUGCAGCCUGAGGACAACUUUGUGCUCAAAGUGGUGCAGCUGGAGGAGCUGCUCAGUGUCCGGCACUCCGUGUUCGUGGUGGGGGCUGCAGGCACAGGCAAGUCUCAGGUGCUGAGGUCCCUGCACAAAACCUACCAGAGAAUGAGGCGCAGGCCUGUGUGGACAGACCUCAACCCCAAAGCAGUCACCAACGACGAGCUCUUCGGCAUCAUCAACCCAGCAACGAGAGAGUGGAGAGAUGGACUGUUUUCAUCAAUCAUGAGAGAGCUGGCCAACAUCUCACAUGAUGGUCCCAAGUGGAUGGUACUAGAUGGAGAUAUUGAUCCAAUGUGGAUUGAAUCUCUGAACACUGUGAUGGAUGAUAAUAAGGUGCUGACCCUGGCCAGCAACGAGAGGAUCCCCCUGAAGCCCACGAUGAGGCUGCUGUUUGAGAUCAGCCACCUGCGCACGGCCACCCCGGCCACCGUGUCCCGGGCAGGGAUCCUGUACAUCAACCCCUCAGACCUGGGCUGGAAUGCCCCUGUCAGCAGCUGGAUUGACCGGCGGGAGGUGCAGUCCGAGAGGGCCAACCUGACCAUUCUGUUUGACAAGUACCUGCCCGUUUGCCUGGACACCCUGAGAGCCAGAUUUAAGAAGAUUAUUCCCAUUCCUGAGCAGAGCAUGGUUCAGAUGCUGUGUUACCUCCUGGAAUGCCUCCUGACAGAGGACAACACACCUCCUGACUGUCCCAAGGAGCUUUAUGAACUUUACUUUGUCUUUGCUGCUGUCUGGGCCUUUGGUGGCUCCAUGUUCCAGGACCAGCUCGUGGACUACAGAGUGGAGUUCAGCAAGUGGUGGGUGGCAGAAUUCAAGACAAUCAAGUUCCCUUCCCAGGGCACAGUCUUUGACUUUUACGUUGAUCCAGAAACAAAGAAGUUUGAGCCUUGGUCUAAACUUAUUCCCCAGUUUGAAUUUGAUCCAGAGGUGCCCCUGCAGGCCUGCCUGGUGCCCACGGCGCAGACGGUGCGGCUGCGGUUCCUGGUGGCCAGGCUGCUGCAGCGCCGGCGCCCCGUGCUGCUGGUGGGCACUGCUGGCACGGGCAAGUCUGUGCUGCUGGGGGACACGCUCUGCUCGCUGGACACCGACGUCUUCCUGGUGAAGAAGGUGCCCUUUAACUACUACACCACCUCUGCCAUGCUGCAAGGUGUGCUGGAGAAGCCUCUGGACAAAAAGGCUGGCAGGAGUUACGGCCCCCCAGGCACCAAGAGGCUGGUGUACUUCAUGGAUGACCUGAACAUGCCCCAGGUGGACGCCUACGGGACCGUGCAGCCCCACACCCUGCUCAGGCAGCACCUGGACUACGGACACUGGUACGACAGGAGCAGGCUGUGCCUGAAGGAGAUCAGCAAUGUGCAGUACGUGUCCUGCAUGAACCCCACUGCCGGGAGCUUCACCAUCAACCCCCGGCUCCAGCGUCACUUCUGUGUCUUCGCUCUCUCCAACCCUGAGCAGGACUCUUUGUCCAGGAUCUACAGCACCAUCUUAGAGCAGCACCUGGCCAGUGGGAACUUCUCAGAGGCUGUGCAAAAAUCAGCCCAGCAGCUCAUUGCCCUGGCCCUGGGGCUCCAUCAGAAGGUGGCUGCCACGUUCCUGCCAACAGCUGUCAAGUUCCACUACGUUUUCAACCUCAGAGACUUCUCCAAUAUCUUCCAAGGCCUGCUGUUCUCUACCCCCGAAUGUCUGAAGCAGCCCCAAGACCUGGUGAAGCUCUACCUGCACGAGUCAAACCGGGUGUACCGGGACAGGAUGGUUGAGGAGGUGGAUUGGGACACUUUUGAUAAAAUCCAGCGGGAGAUGGUGAAGAAAUGCUACGACGAUAUUGAGGACACUUUAGAGCAGGCCAAACACAUGAAUAUUUAUUGCCAUUUUGCCAAAGGCCUCGGGGAGCCUGGCUAUAGGCCAGUUCCGAGCUGGGAGGAGCUGAACCAGAUCCUCGUGGAAGCCUUGGAGAGCUACAACGAAGUCAAUGCUGCCAUGGACCUGGUACUGUUUGAGGAUGCCAUGAGCCACGUCUGCCGCAUCAGCCGCGUCCUGGCGGCGCCGCGGGGGAACGCGCUCCUGGUCGGCGUGGGAGGCACGGGGAAGCAGAGCCUGACCCGCCUGGCUGCCUUCCUCAGCUCCCUGGAGGUCUUCCAGAUCACCCUGAGGAAAGGCUACGGCGUCCCUGACCUCAAGGCAGACCUGGCAAACCUGUACCUGAAGGCUGGGCUGAAGAGCGUGGGCUCCGUGUUCCUGCUGAGCGACGCGCAGCUCGCGGACGAGCAGUUCCUGGUGCUGGUCAACGACUUCUUGGCAUCAGGGGAAAUCCCGGAUCUCUUCCCUGAUGAUGAAGUGGAAAACAUCAUCAGCAGUGUGAGGAAUGAUGUCAGGGGCCGGGGGCUGCUGGAUUCCAGGGAGAAUUGCUGGAGGUUUUUCAUCGAGCGAGUCCGACGGCAGCUGAAGGAUUCAGUCAAGGAAUCAAUAAGCAAAUUCAUGGCCCACGUCCACAUCAGUGUCAACGAGGUGUCCCGGCUGUACCUCAGCAACGAGCGCCGCUACAACUACACCACCCCCAAGUCCUUCCUGGAGCAAAUCAAACUCUACCAGAACCUGCUGCUGAGGAAGGACAAGGAUUUAAAGGCAAAAAUGGAGCGCCUGGAGAACGGCCUGGAGAAGCUCAAGAGCACCUCUGCACAGGUGGAUGAGCUGAAGGCCAAGCUGGCAGCCCAGGAGGUGGAGCUGAAGCAGAAGAAUGAGGAUGCUGACAAGCUGAUCCAGGUGGUGGGGGUGGAGACGGAGAAGGUGAGCAGGAAGAAGGCGGUGGCCGACGAGGAGGAGCGGAAGGUGGCCCUCAUCGCCCAGGAGGUGGAGCAGAAGCAGAAGGACUGUGAGGAGGACCUGGCCAAGGCUGAGCCUGCCCUGGCAGCUGCCCAGGCUGCUCUCAACACCCUCAACAAGACCAAUCUGACAGAGCUGAGGUCCUUUGGGUCACCUCCUUCUGCUGUCAGCAACGUCACAGCAGCCGUGAUGGUGCUGACGGCCCCAGGAGGGAAGAUCCCCAAGGACAGGAGCUGGAAAGCAGCCAGAGUGGCCAUGGCAAGGGUAGACAGCUUCCUGGACUCCUUGAUCAAGUUCAACAAGGAGAACAUCCACGAGAACUGCCUGAAAGCCCUCCAGCCCUAUCUGCAAGACCCCAAGUUCAACCCCGAGUUCGUGGCCACCAAGUCGGCGGCGGCGGCCGGGCUGUGCUCGUGGGUGCUGAACAUCGAGCGCUUCCACCGCGUGUUCUGCGAGGUGCAGCCCAAGAGGCAGGCUCUGGACAGGGCCAACGCUGAGCUGGCAGCAGCCCAGGACAAGCUGGCCACUGUCAAGGCCAAAAUCGCCCGCCUCAACGAGAACCUGGGCAAGCUGACAGCCCGGUUUGAGAAGGCCACGUCAGACAAACUCAGGUGCCAGCAGGAGGCUGAAGCCACAGCCUGCACCAUCACCCUCGCCAACCGCCUGGUUGGGGGUCUCGCCUCUGAAAAUGUGAGAUGGGCUGAGGCUGUGAAGGACUUCAAACAGCAGCAGAGCACCUUGUGUGGAGAUGUCCUGCUGGUCACAGCCUUUGUGUCCUACCUGGGCUACUUCACCAGGAAAUACCGCCAGGACCUCCUGGAUGGCAUCUGGAGGCCCUAUUUGCACCAGCUAGAAGUGCCGAUCCCGGUGACGCCGCGGCUGGAGCCGCUGUCGGUGCUGGCGGACGAGGCGGCCGUGGCGGCCUGGCGGAACCAGGGCCUGCCGGCCGACUGCACGUCCAGCGAGAACGCCGCCAUCCUGAGCAGCUGCCAGCGCUGGCCCCUCCUGGUGGACCCCCAGCUGCAGGGCAGCAAGUGGAUCAAAAGCACCCAUGGAGAAGGGCUCCGCGUGAUCCCAGCGGGGCAGAAAGGGUAACGUCGUCCUUCUCUGGAAGGAGGGGCUGCUGGCGUUGUUGAGAAUGGGGCGGUCGUGGCUGUGGAGGUGAGCUGGAUGAGGGGGCGGUACAUCAAGAUUGGGGACAAGGAGUGCGCCUUGCACCCUGCCUUCCGCCUGAUCCUGCACACCAAGCUGGCAAACCCCCACUACCAGCCCGAGCUGCAGGCCCAGUGCACCCUCAUCAACUUCUCUGUCACCCGCGACGGCCUCGAGGAGCAGCUGCUGGCGAGCGUGGUGCGCCUGGAGAGACCCGACCUGGAGGAGCUGAAGUCAGAUCUCACAAAGCAACAGAAUGGAUUCAAGAUCACCUUGAAAACUUUGGAGGACAACUUGCUCUCUCGGCUGUCAUCAGCAUCUGGGAAUUUCCUGGGAGACACAGCGUUGGUGGAGAACCUGGAGAGCACUAAGAGGACAGCUGCAGAGAUUGUGGAGAAGGUGCAGGAGUUUAAGGUGACAGAAGGCAGGAUUAACGAGGCCAGGGAGCAGUACAGGCCCGCGGCCUGCCGCGCCGCCAUGCUCUACUUCACCAUGAGCGAGCUGCACGCCGUGCACCCCAUGUACCAGUUCUCCCUGAAGGCAUUCCACGUGGUGUUCCAGAAGGCCAUGGAGAGGGCAGCUCCUGCUGAGAGCCUGGCAGGGCGGGUGCUGAGCCUCACGGACAGCAUCACCUUCUCCGUGUUCCAGUACACGGCCCGGGGGCUCUUCGAGAGGGACAAGCUGACCUUCAGUGCCCAGCUCACCUUCCAGAUACUUCUGAGGAAUAAAGACAUCGACCCAGCAGAACUGGAUUUCCUGCUCAGAUACCCAGCACAGCCCGGAGUCACGAGCCCUGUGGAGUUCCUGUCUGACCAUGCCUGGGGAGGAAUCAAGGCUCUCUCAUCCAUGGAGGAAUUCAGAAACCUGGAUCGGGACAUUGAAGGGUCUGCGAAACGGUGGAAGAAAUUUGUUGAGUCUGAGUGUCCUGAGAAGGAGAGGUUCCCCCAGGACUGGAAGAACAAGUCAGCCCUGCAGCGCCUGUGCAUCCUGCGCGCCCUGCGGCCCGACCGCGUGCCCUGCGCCGUCAGAGAUUUUGUCGAAGAAAAGCUGGGCAGCAAAUACGUGGUGGGGAGAUCCCUGGAUUUUGCAACGACCUUUGAGGAAUCAGGGCCUGCCACCCCGAUGUUUUUUAUCCUGUCCCCAGGAGUGGACCCACUGAAGGAUGUGGAGAAGCAUGGGAAGAAGCUGGGCUACACCUUCAACCACAGGAACCUCCACAACAUUUCCCUUGGACAAGGCCAGGAGCUGGUGGCUGAACAGGCUCUGGAUGUGGCUGCAAAGGAGGGUCACUGGGUCAUCCUUCAGAACAUCCACCUGGUGGCCAAGUGGCUGGGCUCCCUGGAGAAGAGGCUGGAGCAGCACAGCGAGGGCAGCCACCAGGAUUUCCGCGUGUUCCUCAGCGCCGAGCCGGCGCCGUGCCCGGAGAGCCACAUCAUUCCCCAGGGCAUCCUGGAAAACUCCAUCAAAAUCACCAGCGAGGCGCCCACCGGGAUGCACGCCAACCUGCACAAGGCCCUGGACAACUUCAGCCAGGACACCCUGGAGAUGUGCAGCCAGGAGAAGGAGUUCAGGAGCAUCCUGUUUGCCCUGUGCUAUUUCCACGCGGUGGUGGCGGAGCGGCGCAAGUUCGGCCCCCAGGGCUGGAACCGCCCGUACCCCUUCAGCACUGGAGAUCUCACCAUCUCUGUCAAUGUGCUCUACAACUACCUGCAGGCCAGCUCCAAGGUCCCGUACGAUGACCUGCGCUACCUCGUGGGUGAGAUCAUGUAUGGAGGUCACAUCACGGAUGACUGGGACAGGCGGCUCUGCAAAACCUACCUGGAAGAGUUCAUUAAGCCAGAAAUGCUGGAGGGAGAGCUCUGCCUUGCUCCUGGAUUUCUCCUCCCAGGGAACAUGGAUUAUAAUGGCUAUCACCAGUACAUAGACGAUGCCCUGCCUCCAGAGUCUCCCUACCUGUACGGCCUCCACCCCAACGCAGAGAUCGGGUUCCUGACGCAGAGCUCGGAGCGGCUCCUGCGCACUGUGCUGGAGCUGCAGCCCCGCGACAGCAGCACGGGCCAGGGAGCUGUGGGCACCCACGAGGAGAUGGUGCAAGCCCUUCUGGAAGAGAUGUUGGAGAAGCUCACAGACGAGUUCAACAUGGCAGAGCUGAUGGCCAGGGUGGAGGAGAGGACUCCCUACGCUGUGGUUGCCCUGCAGGAGUGCGAGCGCAUGAACGCGCUCACGACUGAAAUGCGGCGCUCGCUCGCCGAGCUGGAGCUGGGCCUGAAGGGGGAACUGACCAUGACCAGCGACAUGGAGACCUUGCAGAACUGCCUCUUCCUGGGCACGGUGCCCGAGUCCUGGGUGAAGAGAUCUUACCCUUCCACGGCCAGCCUGGCCUCGUGGUUUGCUGACCUGCUGGCCCGCAUCAGCGAGCUGGAAGCCUGGACCAGGGACUUCUCCUUGCCCUCCACACUGUGGCUCGGAGGGUUCUUCAACCCCCAGUCCAUCCUGACAGCCAUCAUGCAGACCACAGCCCGGAAGAACAGGUGGCCACUGGACAAGAUGACGUUGCAGUGUGAUGUGACCAAGAAGAGCAGAGAGGAUUUUGCCAGUGCUCCUCGUGAGGGGGCCUACGUGCACGGUCUGUUCAUGGAGGGAGCACGCUGGGAUGCUCAGACCGGGACGAUCGCGGAGGCCCGGCUCAAGGAGCUCACCCCGGCCAUGCCUGUCGUGUUCAUCAAGGCCAUUCCUGACGACAAGCAGGACACCCGGGGCUUGUACCCGUGUCCUCUGUACAAAACACGCCAGAGGGGCCCAACCUACGUCUGGACUUUCAACCUGAAAACCAAGGAAAACCCGUCCAAGUGGGUGCUCGCUGGUGUGGCCUUGCUGCUGCAGGUCUGAGGCACCAGCACGGCCCCU